AUGGACUCAAUUGGGACUCAUCAGGUGACGAAAAGCCAGGUGCGAAAAUGCGAAAGACCUGUCAAAGAGUAUUGCUCUCGCAAUUUGCCUCGAAUGAGCAGACGCCUAGAAGCUGUCCAUGUUUCUAACAAGCCUUGUCAAUUCCCAGAAAUGACCACAGUUCUCAGAAAUCCAGAGCUCAUCCAGAUGUUCUACAAAUACCUCAUUUUGGAACACGCUGAAGAGAAUCUCGAAUUUUGGACUGCAUGUGAAGUGUACAAGGAGACACGGAAUGGGCAGAAAAGAAUGGGCCUGGCUGAUCAGAUUGUGAAUAAGUACAUCUCUGAACUGUCAAUCAAACAGGUCAACUUGCCCGCCGCAGUCCGCAACAAUGUUCUCCACGCGUUCUUAGAAGCCAACUUUAGCUGUACUCUCUUCAACGAGGCACAGACCACUGUAUUCUGCAACAUGGCUAGAGACUCUCUCCCCCGAUUCAAAACCACGCCUCAAUUCCAACACAAAAUGGCAUCCAGGAAAGAUAGAUACUCCUCAUCAUCAAAACCCACCGCACCUUCAACGCCUCCAAGGCCAUCUUGUCCACGCCCUCAUAGUGACAGCCACGACGUGCAUAAACUAUGCUUUUGGAGCUUCACAACUUAA